AUGCAUAAUGAGGUUCAACAGAAAGUUUACGAAGAAUUACAACAGGCACUCAAUAUCUAUUUAACAACAGAUAUUUGGACUUCUCAAGCUAAUCAAGCUUAUAUGACAAUUACAGCACAUUUUAUUGAUUUGAAGAAUAAUAAAAUAAAAAAUGUUGUAUUAGUUAUAUUAGAACAUUUUGGAGCAGCUACACGAAAACUAGCAUCUGAUUCUUCACCAAUAUUAUCAAUUAUUUUAUCUGUUCUUACAAUUUUAAUUACAAGUCUCGAAGAUCGAUCUACUGAUUCUUCUCUUUUAAAGAAAAUAAAACAUAUACUUAGGGCAUACCAAAAGUAG